AUGGGAUCGACGCGUCCAGCGCCCGGCGCGCACAUUUCCCCAGUAUUGGCUCCCUUAUCCCAGUCCAUCAAAGCGCAGCCCCGACUUCAACCCUCACCGCUACCACUUCAGCCUAUUGAAAACUCAUUGCUUCCGCCUGCCGGCCCGCACAGGCCAUCACCGACCAAAGGUCUGCUUCCCCAGGGCUCGCAUCCCGGGCGAAAACUCGGUUUCGUUCCUAUCACCGCCCCGAACCCUCCCAUGUUCACCACCGACUCCCCUACCAAGAAACCGCCUUUCCCCAUCUACACCCAAACCUCCAUGCCGCAAUCGGCUCUCUUCACCACCUUUUCCAGUGUCAACCUCGAGGCCGCCAAGGAGAACCAGCACCCGGAGGAUCCGUCUCAUGGCAACUUCGCUGACUUCCCGGAACCCUCUUAUGAAUCCAAGAUCCCCAUGAAGCGAACCCUCAUGGAAGCUGCUCCGCUCCGGGAGCGCUCGGUCAAGAAGCAGAAGCGCGAAGACGUGCCUGUCCACCAACUGCCGGAGCCACAUCAGAUGCCACCCAUCGAGGAUGACGGCACCAAGCCGCCAUACAGCUACGCGACCCUGAUCGGCAUGUCCAUUCUGCGCGCGCCCAACCGACGAUUGACCCUGGCUCAGAUCUACAAGUGGAUCUCCGAUACAUUUUCCUACUACAAGAACAGCGAUCCCGGCUGGCAGAACAGCAUUCGGCAUAAUUUGAGUUUGAACAAGGCCUUUAUCAAGCAAGAACGCCCCAAGGAUGAUCCCGGCAAGGGCAACUACUGGGCCAUUGAGCCUGGGAUGGAGACGCAGUUUCUGAAGGACAAGCAGGUGCGACGCGCCACCAUGUCCAGCCUGCCCCUCCCUGCCGUCCCGCAACGAGAUCUUGUUCCCCAGCCGCCAAGUGCAACUACGACAACAUGGAUGGUUCCACCCCCGCCAGCGCGACAGCCUCCCCCUCCCAAGGUGGCAUCUCGGAAUGAAGAUCUCUCCUCGGAUGCCACUCUACCCGCGUCGGACCCUGCCCUCCAGGAGGACACGGGCGAUGAGGCCACUCACCCAACAACAGCGCAACCAACCGCGCCUAUUCGCUCUUCGCCCCUGCAGGCUAUUCGCUCGUCCCCACCCAUUGCUCCGGCUCGUUUCCAGCGUCAAGGCACUCCUCCCACGCCGACUCACCAGGCUGGCCCUACCCCAGCUCAGCGCCCGCGAAAGCGCAAGUCCAUUUCGAUGAAUGAUAGUGGUUAUUUCUCGUCAUUGGAGUCUUCCGCCCUGCGGCCCAACAAGGCGGGUCAUAUCUUGACCUCUGACCUGGACAUUGAACCUCCUCGCAUCAAGCGCGGCCGUGCCGAGGAAGAGAUUGCGCGGAUUCGCAGCUCCUCUCACGACGUCAGCCCUGGCCAACCCACGGGUCGGAAAGAGGGCAGCACGUUGGUUGGCUCGUCCCCUCUCCGCGGAGAGUACAAGCCGGCCAAGCCUCCGCCCUCGGUGUCACCCAACACCAACUUGCGCAAUCACCGCCGCAAGAUCCAGCAGAUGGUUAACUCACCUAUCAAGCAUUUGGGUCUGACGGACGAGGAUCUGCCGUGGAGUCCUGCCUUCAAUCUUCACGACGAGUCCUUCACUCCGGCAGAUCACUUCCACACUACCUUCGAUGUCUUUGCCGACUCUAGCGUAGAUGUCCACAUCUCUUCUGCCGCACUCGGCUCCCCCGAGAAGCGUCCCAUCAAGCGUGCGCGCACGGAGAACGGUACCACUGCUCUUCUAGAUAUCACGUCGGCGAGCGUGAACAGCCGGUUGAGCAUGCCCUCCCUCACCCGGUCCAAGUCAUCCAUCUUCCCGGAGUCCCCGUCCAAAUUGCCGGAUGGAGGUCGCCUUGGCGAUACCGGUCAGGAUGACUUCUUCUCAUUCCAUCUCUUCGACGAGAGCAACGACAGCCCCGGCGAAGUGGAUGGGGUGGAUCUAUUGCAAGGGUUCCAGAAGAUUGGAGGCUCCAGCAAAGACGACACUCUGAAGCACAAAACGCUUCACACGCGGCCUCAUCUGAGCAACCGCAGCAACUCCAACAUGUUUUGA